AUGGGAAGAAGAAAAGUUGAGAUCAAGCGAAUCGAGAAGAAAAGCAGUCGACAAGUCACUUUUUCCAAACGACGCAAUGGUCUCAUCGAGAAAGCUCGACAGCUUUCGAUUCUCUGUGAAUCCUCCGUCGCUGUUCUCGUCGUCUCCUCUUCCGGAAAACUCUAUAACUCCUCUUCCGGCGACAACAUGACCAAGAUCAUCAAUCGUUAUGAAAUACAACAUGCUGAUGAACUUAAAGCCUUAGAUCUUGCGGAAAAAACUCUGAAUUAUCUUCCACACAAGGAGUUACUAGAAUUAGCCCAAAGCAACUUUGAAGAACCGAAUGCUGGUAAUGUAAGUGUAGAUUCUCUAAUUUCGGUGGAGGAGCAGCUGGAGACUGCUCUGCCUGUAACCAGAGCUAGGAAGACAGAACUUAUGAUGGAGCUUGUGAAAACCCUUCAAGAAAGGGAGAAGUUGCUGAUAGAAGAGAACCAGAUUCUGGCUAGUCAGAUUGGGAGGAACACGGCCCUGGUAUCAGAGGAUGAGAGGGCAUUGUUUCUGGGAAAAAACUCCGGCAACAACCCACGGGAGACCCUCUGGCUGCUCUAG